CAGAUGCGGACAGUAACCAACCUCUCAGAAACAUGAACCCCGACUGGAGUGAACAAGACUGCCGCAGGAACGGGAACCAGGGAUCAGUCAAAGAUAAUACAGAGAGGCAGACUUUCACUGGAGCAGAUGAGGGGCCAAGGGUAGAAGCUGUUUACACACGAGGGGGGAUCUUUCAUCAUGAACAGAGUGCAAGUUUAAUGCAGGUUACAGAGCAGACGUCUUUGCAAGGUAAAGAAGCCCCAGGAAUUGAGUCUGUCCACAUUAAAGAAGAGGCCCCUGAAUUUGAACUUGUCCACAUUAAAGAAGAGGUCCCUGAACUGCAACCUGUCAAUACACUGGAACAGAAUAUAGUCAAGCUGGGAUCUAGCCAUUGUGAGGAUUGUCCUCUUGAAUCAUUCUGCAUGUCUGUCUCUGAAGACACUUGUUCAAGUGUUGCAGAAGAGGGCACUGUGCUUGGGUCCAUUCAUGGGAAACAUCACACCCCUGAAGAUGGAAAGAAGGAAGGAAUAAAACAUCAUGCACUAGCAGCACAACCAGAUACAGGAAGACACAACUCCACUGCAGCACCCCAGGGAAAAAUCUCUUCUGAUGGCAAAAUGCAGCAUAAGAAACACAGAGAGUCGUCACCCCAAGAUGAAUAUGUGAAGAAACUGAAAACACACUCGGUUCAAAAUCUUUCUGUACAAGACAGCAGUUCACUUGCUCUGGGUUAUAUAGUGACUCCACAUCCUGAGGGUGUUUACAGUUCUGCAACCCAGGGCAACUUCAUUCCCCUACAAACUCCCCAGCAGAUUCCUUCAGAGGAGAUCUUUUAUCACUGUACUGAGUGUGGCACCAAUUUCAGUGACCUGGGAAAUCUGAAAGCACACCAACAGUUUCAUAAAGAACAGAAACCCCAUCACUGUACUGAAUGUGGAAAAAGCUUCAGGUGGGUAGGUGGGCUUAUAACCCACCAGCGUAUUCACACAGGAGAGAAGCCCUAUCUGUGUACUGAGUGUGGGAAGAGUUUUAAUCACAAAUUCGGCCUUCAGUCACACCAGCUAAUUCACACGGGAGAGAAACCGUUUCACUGCGCUGAUUGUGGGAAGAGAUUCAGAGAUGCAGUGAAGUUAAAAGAACACCAGCGAAUUCACACGGGAGAGAAGCCUUAUGAAUGUCCUGUAUGUGGGAAGGGUUUCAGUCGGAGAGACCACCUUAGAAUACACCACAAAAUCCACACAGGAGAGAAGCCUUUUGAGUGUACUGACUGCGGGAAGAGAUUUAUAGAGUCAAAUAAACUGAAGAGACACCGUCGAGUUCACAGAGAUUUAAUCAGUUAGGACACUUGAAAAUAAAUAAAUAAAUAAAUAAAUAUAAUAAUAUUCAGUUUACAGAAUGAAAGCGUCUCCUCCAGAACACCAAAACAGACCCAUGUUUUUCUCUUGUCAGUUUAUAUUGCAGGUAAAUGUUAAAAUAUGUGUAAUUAUAAUAAAAUGUAUGUAAAAUGAUUAACAAUUCAUAGCCUGUAAUGUAUAUUAUAGCCCUGUGAUCUACAGCGCCUAGAUAGUUUGAGAGUUAUGUGUGAAUAUACUGCAACACAUGGGAAAGCAGCAGGACGACGGUUACUAUUCAAGGAGCAGGUGUCCUUGUAACUGGUUUAUUCCUCAGUGCAGUGGCUGCAUUGACCGGCGUGCCUGUCAGGACAGUCCUGGGAGUUCCUGGAAUGGUGACAUUUGCAGAAAGCCAUCAGCAGGAAGCUAUAGCUGCAGCACACAGACGUGUGUCAUGCAUUGUGAUGAGUAGGGCCCUGUGUUUUACAUGACUUGUUUUUAACCUGUAAUUUGGUCCUGAAGACACAAGAUGUCGCUAUUACCUCCACUGCAAGCCACAUAGUGAGAAAUAAUUAAACAAUCAUCUCAUUAGGCCACUUUAACCAUUUUAAUUGGUCAUCCCAUUACUGCAAGGCAUGCAUAUGCAGAUUAAUAAACAGAACAGUGUAGACGGCUACUGAUGUGAAUUUAACCCCUCACAUCCCUGUGAACACCUAGACAGGAUUUUAAAACAGUUUUCUUUUCAGUAUUUCAGAGAACUGAAAAGUGGAAAUACAUUAUUAUAGGUUUUAAUUUACCAGAACACUUUUAUGCAAAUCAUUUUGUAAGAACAAAUCAUUUUGUUUUUGUGCAUCUGAAUGGGCGCAAGUAUGUAUUUAAUCAACAGAAGGGAAGGUGUUGUUUCUUUAAUGGAUUGCCCUAUUCUGGCACCGAUCUCUGAACAGUAUAGAUCAGCGGUUCUCAAACUAUGGGGCGGUGUGUCCUUUUCUUUUUUUGGAGGUUGGAUGAUUUGAAAAAAAUAACAAAUUAUUAUACUUUUAAAUGUAUUAUAUUUAAAAAUAACAAAUAAAAUAACGCAAAAAGUUUUUGUUUGACAUGCUAAUGUUCCUUAGCAACUUUGAAACGUCACAUGUACAUUGCGUGGUUCCCCCUCCUCACCCCCCCAAGUAAACUUAAACUCUGACAGGAGCGCGCUUACAGUGAGAAACAGCUUCAAUGAGAAAUGGGUCGUUUUGUGACAAAGGGAGAAAAACGUACAAGGCAAGCCGAAGCGAGGGCAGCAGCGGUGCUUCCAGCAAAUUGCAGAAGCCGAAAAUAUGAGGACGCAUAUUUACAACUGGGCUUUACAUUGAGCAGGUCCAGCAGUGCGUCGAGCCUCGGUGUGUUUUAUGCGGAGAAAGAAUGGUAAACCACAGCCCUGCAAGCUACGCCGGCAUCUCAGAACGAGACACCCUACCUUUCUCUCUAAACCUGUAAAGUAUUUUCAGAGGAAGCUCAAUGAAUUUCUUUCUUUCUUUAUUGCAUUUGUAUGGCGUUUUUUGUAGAAAGUAUCGCAAAGCACUGUACAGUAC